UCUAUUUUUGAAAAGGGGAUGAACCGAAAUAGUUGCCGAAUUGCAUCCUCAAAGGUCACUGUAGUCAUUUUUCUUUCACACCUAAAAAGAAGGUCGUCGUACCAUGCGAUUUCACCGUCUCUACCACAGAUCUAAAACUUUAUACUUUUUUCACUCCCAGACAAAACCCUUCUUUCUCUCUUAAUUAAAUUCUUCAUUACCAACCCAUCCGAGCCGGGGUUGACAGGAGAACCACGAUCUUUACCGCACCGGCGAUGGGAGUUCCGGCGUUUUACCGGUGGUUAGCAGAUCGGUACCCGCAGUCGAUCGUCGACGUGAUCGAGGAAGAACCGAGAGAAGACGGUAAUGGAAAUCAAAUACCAGUUGACGUCUCUAAGGCUAACCCUAACCGCCUCGAAUUCGAUAAUCUUUAUCUUGAUAUGAAUGGGAUUAUUCACCCUUGUUUUCACCCAGACGGCAAGCCUGCACCUGCCACUUAUGAUGAUGUAUUCAAAUCAAUCUUUGACUAUAUUGACCAUCUAUAUUCAUUGGUUCGUCCUAGAAAGCUUCUAUAUAUGGCAAUUGAUGGUGUUGCACCUAGAGCUAAAAUGAAUCAACAACGUACUCGACGCUUUAGAGCUGCAAAAGAUGCUGCUGAGGCUGCAGCUGAAGAGGAGAGAUUGAGGGAAGAGUUCGAGGCUGAGGGGAAAGCUUUGUCCCACAUUGGAAAACCGGAAACAUGUGACUCAAAUGUUAUUACUCCUGGCACUCCAUUUAUGGGUGUUUUGUCUGUAGCACUUCAGUAUUACAUACAAUCCAGGUUGAAUCAUAAUCCUGGCUGGAAGACUACAAAGGUUAUUCUUUCUGAUUCAAACGUUCCCGGUGAGGGCGAACACAAGAUUAUGUCAUACAUUCGGUUACAACGUAACCUUCCUGGCUUCAAUCCAAACACUCGACACUGUUUGUAUGGUCUGGAUGCUGAUUUGAUCAUGUUGUCCUUAGCCACCCAUGAGGUUCACUUUUCAAUUUUAAGAGAGGUGAUCACUCUUCCUGGACAACAAGAAAAAUGUUUUUUAUGUGGUCGAGUUGGUCAUCUGGCAGCUGAGUGCGAUGGUAAGCCAGAUAAUGGAACUGGAGAAUUGAAUGCUGUGGAUGAUACACCAAUUCACAAGAAGAAAUAUCAGUUUCUUAACAUAUGGGUGUUGCGAGAAUAUUUACAAUAUGAUUUGGAGAUCCCCAACCCCCCAUUUGAGAUAAACUUUGAACGAAUAGUGGAUGAUUUUGUUUUUUUAUGUUUUUUUGUGGGCAAUGACUUCCUUCCACAUAUGCCAACAUUAGAAAUCAGGGAGGGUGCUAUAAAUCUUCUGAUGCAAGCUUAUAGAAGGGAUUUUGCUUCUAUGGGUGGUUAUCUUACUGAUGCGGGUGAGGUUUUGUUAGAUAGAGUGGAGUGUUUUAUUCAAUCUGUUUCUGUUCAUGAAGAUCAAAUCUUUCAGAAGAGGACUCGUAUACAGCAGGCUUAUGAGAAUAACGAGCGAAUGAAGCUUAAAGCAAGAGGAGAGGACUCUGAGGAGGCACGACCACCUCUUGUAGAUAAGAUUAAAUUAGGGGAACCAGGAUACAAAGAAAGAUAUUAUGCUGAGAAAUUCAGUGUAUCAAAUCCAGGGGAGAUUGAAGAAGUUAGAAGAGAUGUUGUUUUGAAGUAUGUUGAAGGUUUAUGUUGGGUAUGCCAGUAUUACUACCAAGGUGUUUGCUCUUGGCAAUGGUUUUAUCCAUAUCAUUAUGCUCCAUUUGCUUCAGAUCUGAAGGAUCUAACUGAUUUGGAAAUAACAUUUUUCAUGGGAAAGCCAUUUAAGCCCUUUGAUCAGCUCAUGGGAACACUACCAGCGGCCAGUUCUAAAGCUUUGCCAGAAGAAUACGGGAAACUGAUGACGGAACCAUCAUCACCUAUCUAUAGUUUCUAUCCCUCUGAUUUUGAGAUUGACAUGCAUGGUAAACGCUUUGCAUGGCAGGGUGUUGUCAAGUUGCCUUUCAUCGAUGAGUGGAAGUUGCUUUCUGCAACAAGAAAGCUUGAAGCUACUUUAACGGCAGAAGAGCAGUUUCGGAACAGUGUGAUGCUUGAUCUGCUAUAUGUUCAUCCUCUUCAUCCUUUGGCUUCACAAGUUCUUUCAUAUUACUAUCAGUUCUCCCCUCACAAAAAAAAUUUAUGGCCAAUUGACACAAAUGCUAGUGGUGGAAUGAACGGAUUUCUUUGGUUAUGUGAAAGGAAUGGUUGGCAGGUUGUAGUCCCUUCCCCUGUUAAGGAGUUGCCACACAUAGAAUCUAACCAAAUUUUAAAUGUUACAUACAUGAAUCCUUCAUAUCAUAAACACAUUCCAGAACUUCCACAGGAUGUUGUAACACCCAAAAAGAUUCUAACUCCUAUAGACAUUAAACCUUUUCCUGUAUUAUGGCAUGAAGAUAAUGGUGGGCGGCGUCAGCAAGGCAGAGAUCGGUCACGACUACCUGGAGCAAUUGUUGGUCCUCAGCUAGGAGAGGCAGCUCAUCGUCUUGUCAAGAACACCCUUAAUAUCAUACCGAAUGGCUCAUCCUCAGGGUUAUUUGAACAACCACCGUCUUUUAAUGUCUCAAGCAACUACACAAUUAUUAAACAAAGGCCUGCUAGACCAUCAGGUUUUGAAAGGGGCUUUUUUGAUGACCCAAGUCUUUCUUAUAGUAGUCGACCACGUGCAGCUGGACUGUCAGGUGGAAGGGGAUAUAGUGAUGGCCCUAAUUAUUAUGGUCAAUAUAAUCAUCUGAAUGGUGUAAUGGCUAACCCAAGACAUCCGUCAUCAAAUGGUAUGCAAGUUAACAGAAACAACUUCCUGGCACAGGAUAGAUUGCAUCAUCAGGAACGUUAUCAUGAUUUGAGAACUGGAAUGUCUGCUUUGUCAUUUGAGGGAAGUGGCAGAGGUGCAAUACACGUAGAGAUGUCUUCAAGGAUGCCAAAUCCUGGAUACUUGCGAAAUUUAGACCACCGGUCUGAGCAGAAUACCAUCAGUCCUCCCAUUCCUACCAAGUGGAUCAAUAUGCCAGAGAACAUAAAUGCUGGAACUUAUAACUAGAAAACGGAUCAAUACGAGAGGCAGAUGAAGAAGGUUGAGCAGAUUAAGACUCAUGGAGGAGUCCUGUAAACUAGUGAUUGCGGUUUAAGAUGGAGCUGCCCGUUUUUUGACACAGGCAUGUCCUGUUGGAAGUCUUGGUAAAUUUAAGUUCUUGACUUGGAUAGUCACAACGUUGCCACUGAUCUCUCAGGUUAGGGAACUAACCACUAAAACUGUUUAAAUAUUCCAAUGUCACACCAUCUGUCAAUUUCUAUAUACAAAUCUUUGAAUGAACGUGCCAUGUCAGUUUCAUAUGCUAUGGCUGAAGCUGUAGUGUUGAUUUACAAGAAGAUUGCGGGGACAUAGCAAAUUUCAAACGGUCUGAGUAAUGACUUUUAAAAAACAUAAGUAGAGUCUGUAGUGGAUGUAUCAUGGUCUACCCUUUUAGGUUUCUCGAAGCACAGUUUAGUUGUGUUGUUGGGUUUUUAUUGGUUCAGGUUGUAGAGAUGGAUGCCAUUUGAAGUGAGAGAUGCUUAAGCUAUUUCUUUUAAAUGUACAAGUUUUAUGAUGUAUUUUAGAUUGUUGGCUUAGGUUGAUAGUGUUUCUUAAUUUACAGGAAUCAGCAAAGCUGCCUAUUGUGUUUUCAGUGACUCAGCUGAGAAAAUAAAGUUGGAAUGUUCUUCAA